AUGAUGACAUUGAAUUUUGUUUUCUGUAUUCUUCAAUUGAUUUCAAUCAUCACUUGGACGAAAUUAGAAAAUGUUUGUUUGGACAAUUCAGUUUUGACUUGUUAUUGUCAAGAAGACACGCCAUUUGUUUCUUGUUUUGGAAAAAAUACAACAAAUGAAAGUUUCGUAGAUUGGGCACCAUUUAUUUCGGCAAAUCAUGAUCAAAAUUCAUUCACAUUUUUUAAUUUGAUCCGCUUAACAUAUUUAACUUUUACAAAUUUUUCAUCGACAUUUCAUUUGCAUGGUCAAUCGAUCGUUUUAACAUUCAUUAAUGGCAUGGACGAAAUAGGCGAGAAUGCUUUUCAAUCACUCCAUGAAUAUUCCGAUUCAUCGAUUGAGAUAACAUUUACUUCGCCACAAAAUUUCAAACUUGCUGAUUAUGCAUUUGCUCAAGAAGCAUACUACGAAAUAGAUAUCGAGAAUAUACAAUACAGUCAUAUACACAAUCGUCCAUAUCAAUUGAAUUUGAAGUCGAUGGAUGGUGCUCGAUUCUAUCAGAUGAACAUACGAAAUUGUGGUAAUAUGGAAUUUAUUUCUGAUGGAUCGCCUAAAAUUGAAAUUAUCGACAUAACAGUAAACAAUUGUUCGUUGACAAAUGUUAGCCUUCUUAUCGGAAGUCUUUCGACAGAUCUUGCUGGUUUAGAUCUAACAUCUAAUCAUUUAAUUACAAUACCCUCAUUGGAAAAUUUUCAACGACUCAGAGUAAUUGAUUUAAAGAAUAAUUUUAUUGAAGAAAUUACAGUAAAUAUAUUCAAGAAUAUAGCUAGCUUAUGGCGAUUAGACUUGUCUAAUAAUCGAAUAAGAAACAUCGAACCAGAUUCAUUUGUUGGAUUGCGCUUAACUGAAUUAAAUUUAGAUAAUAAUCGUCUAGCAUCACUUGAAACUUUAACAAUUGACAAUCAAACAACAUCGUUUUUGUAUCCAUUAAAUGAAUCAAUAAGUUUACUUGUUCUGUCAAAUAAUUUUCUACAUAAUUUGAAUCCAUUGAAACAUAUGACUAAUUUAGACAAUGUAACAGUAUGCUGCAAUCAAAUAAAGACAUUGGAUGAAAAUAUAUUUGAAAAAGCACAUAAACUUAAAUCAGUUGAUUUAAGUUAUAAUCAAAUCGAGCGUAUCAAUUCAAUGACAUUCAAUGGAACGAUAAUCAACUAUUUAAAUUUGGCUGGAAAUCGACUUUCAUCGCUUGAAACAAAUGAAUCAUUAUCAUCCAAAACAUCACUCUUUAAGAAUCAAACAAGCUCGUUUCUCUAUCCUAUCUCAUCAACAAUUUCAGAUCUAUCAUUUUCGAAUUGUACAAAUUUGAUCGAAAUCAAUUGGUUUAUCAUUAUAAAGCUUCAAACAUUAUUUUAUUUAGAUCUUUCAGAAGUCAAUAUGACGAAAAAAAGUUGGCUUUAUCGAAAAACUGAUGUUAACAGUGAAGAUUCGUCUAUCAAUUGGAAGUAUCCACCAGGACCUCGUAUAAUUCUAUAUGGUAUUCGAUUAACUGAUAAUGAUUAUUGUUUUACAAAAUCAAUUGUUGAUAUUUUGAAUAAGACAACUUUAAUUGUUGAUAUUGAUCAUCCAUGUGGAGAAGGUCGCAAUAUUCAGCUUCGUGAUGGUUUGGUAAUGGUGCGACGAAGUGCGUCUGGAUAA